AUGUCUCUUUUUGAUCUUGACACAGAGAUUCCGUUUGAUGACUAUAAGCGAACUAUUUAUUACCACGCUUACUCAUACACUCAUACAAUGCGAGAUCCGGCACAAAUUUUUCGCAUCUCAAAACUUGUUUUUGACCGUGCAAAACAAGAGCUCCUCAAUGGAAAGUGUGAUAUGGCUCUGUAUUUUUCACUUAGGACUAUGGCACUACUUGACCAUGAAAAAACCUCCAUUGAUGUUCGAAAACACGAUAAAAACGCACGAUUAUUUAUUAAGGAGGUGAUGAACUUCGUCGAAAAUAUUUUAAGCAGUAGAGAUUUGUUUCAUCAAUAUGAAUCAAUGAUCAAAAAAAUUAGGGAUAAUGAGCCGGCACGGAAAAAAAUGAUUGCAUUGCAAAUGGAAAACGAUGCAAGCUUGGAAGAUGAAAAAAAUAUGCAUAUCUUGAAGAGAGAUAACCUUCUAAAUACAGAAGGUGAGAAGCUUGAUGCGUUUCGAAAUAAAUUAUUCGGCGAGCAAACGCUAACAAAUACCUCACAACCGCUGGCAAAAAAUCAGGAUUUGACUACUACCUUGAAAAAUCUAUCUGCCGUGCCAACGCAGAGCAGUAUUUUGGACAACAGUAGCAUCCAUGAAAUGAAAUACCCACUGACCACCGGAUUCACUGGAACUGGCAUCCUUCCCUCAGAUAGAAAGUCAGUUUUGUGCAGAUGGCCUUUCAACUCGUCUAAACAUUCUUCUGCUCAGAGACGUGGAAUUGUUAAUAUUGGAAAUUCGUGUUACAUGAAUAGCGUUCUGCAGCUUAUCAAUUCAACACCGUUGGCGAAGUUCUUUUUAGAAGACGAUUACAUGAUGUUGUUUUCUCAAAGGGAUAACAAGAUUAUCAGAGUAGUUAAUUCCUUUGUAUUUAUAAUACGAGAACUUUAUCAUACUGAGACACCUUUUUCCAUUAGUGCAUCAACUUUAAAAAGUGCUAUUGGAUUGGUUUGCGAAACUUUCGAUAACAGUAUGCAACAAGAUGCUAAUGAAUUUCUUCGCAUACUUCUCGAUCUUCUGCACUCUGGCUUGAAUGAAAAUGCCGAUAAAAUUGUGAAAUUCUCAGAAAUUGAUAACUGUAGUGGUAGCGACGAAGAAUUAUCACGAAAGUAUUGGUGGCAAUACGCACAGAAGAACUCUUCGAUUAUAACUAAGCUUUGCGCUUUCCAGGAAAAAAGUUCUAUUACAUGCCCUUUAUGUCAGAUGUCAAGCCGUUCAUUUCAAACAACUUUUGGUGUAGAAUUGCCGAUUUCGUGUGGAGACAACGUAUCGCUGGAAGAUUGUCUUGGUGUUUAUUGUGCAAAAGAGUUUCUAUCUAAUGAUUCUCUUUAUUCGUGCCCAAAAUGCAAGCAAAAAGUAAAUGCUGCUAAGCAACUUUCGUUUUUCUCAACUCCUGAAAUUUUAUUUAUUACACUAAAAAGAUUCCAGAAAUACGGGGAUUUUUCUAAUCUUUCAAAGAUUAAUUCAGAGGUUUUCUUUCAACGCAGCCUUGAUCUUGCCCCAUUUAUGUCGUCAAAUUUUCCUAAGACAAAGUUUUCAUUAGUUGGUAUUAUUAAUCAUCAAGGAAAUAUGCAUGGCGGUCAUUACACCGCUGAUGCUCUUGGAAAUGACAAUAUUUGGUUUAACUUUAGUGAUGAAAGGGUUACUGUUGCCGAUGCUCCGGACUUUCGACAGGCAUAUAUUCUUUGCUACUUACGAGAUUAAGAGAAAUACUUGCUUUUUUUUUGCAGGAAAAAAUAAAUGAUGGGUACUACUUCUGAUUGUGUUUUUCUUCAUUUUAAAAAAUGAAAAUGCCUUUUGAUCGGUCUUCAUUUUUUUCAAUCUGAGUCUCCAAGGUGAUUUAUCGAAGGGAAAGGAAAUGAACACGAUUGUGUUGUGAUAUUAUAUAUUACUACUAAAUGAUUUGAUUAGGAGUGUAUUUAUUAUUUUAAUCAUUUUAUUUGCUUGUUGGUAUUCGAUCACUGGAAAUCGCGUUCACAUGCUGCAGUGUAGUAUGUCAGAUUUAUUUGAAAUAAACUGAACAUUAUGUAGGUCACUAAAGUCUUUUUCAGGUUCUGUAAAUCGCUUUCUAGGUAUAUGAUUCAUUUUAUUCUACUUCUCUGAUAUUUUAAAUAACCCCAAGACUUUCUUCAUCCGAAAAAAAAUGAGAAAGUUUAUAUCUGCAAGUGAUGAAAUAAUGAUAACCACUCCUAAGAGCUAGAUUUAUCCUAAUAAAAAUUCGUAGUACCUGGAAUGAAUUCCCAUUGUCUAGAAGAGAGAUUUUAUUUCAAAAAAAUCAGGUAGAGUUGGACGUGUUUCCCUAAUUAUCGAACAUCCAUUUUUUAUAUCUUUGCAUAUCGUAUUGAAUGGUAUAGAUGUGCAAUGAAUACCAAUUAAUGCUCACAAAAUACUAUUUGUGUUUUCCUACAAGGAUGAGUCUAUAUGUGAAUAAAUACCUUUUAUAUUGCUUGCUUUAUCUGUUA